GCUUCUUAUAUAUGGUGAGUACUGCAGCCAUAUUGAAUAUUCCCAGCAGACGUUGGACCAGGUUAUCAGUGCGAGGGAAGAUGUCAAGAUCAAAAUUGAGGAAUGUUCCAUGAAGGUUCAGGAUGGCAAGUUCAAGCUGCAGGAUCUCAUGGUGAUCCCAAUGCAGAGAGUACUCAAGUAUCACCUCCUGCUCAAGGAACUUCUCAGUCACUCAUCGGACUGUCCAGAGAGACAAACACUGAAAGAGGCUCUGGAAGCCAUGCAGGAUCUAGCCCUGUACAUUAAUGAAGUAAAAAGGGACAAAGAGACCCUGAAGAAGAUUAGCGAGUUUCAGAAUUCCAUAGAAAACUUGCAAGUAAAAUUGGAAGAGUUUGGAAGACCAAAGAUAGAUGGAGAACUUAAAGUCCGAUCAAUGGUCAACCAAGCGAAGCAGGACAGAUAUCUGUUCCUGUUUGAUAAAGUCGUCAUUGUGUGUAAGCGAAAAGGGGACAACUAUGAGCUGAAGGAAAUCAUUGAACUGCUGUCACAUAAAAUGACAGACGACCCCAUGAACAACAAAGACAUGAGGAAGUUACAUGGCAAGAUGUGGUCAUACGGCUUCUUCUUGGUACACCUACAAGGGAAGCAGGGCUUCCAGUUCUUCUGCAAGACGGAUGACAUGAAGAGGAAGUGGAUGGAGCAGUUCGAAAUGGCAAUGUCAAACAUCAAGCCAGAGAAAGCCAAUGCAAACCAUCACAGCUUCCAGAUGUUCACCUUUGACAAGACAAGCAGCUGUAAGGCCUGUAAAAUGUUUCUGAGGGGCACGUUCUACCAGGGCUACUACUGCUCUAAGUGUGGGGUCGGUGUACACAAAGAGUGCCUUGAGACAAUCCAUCCGUGUAAAAUGGGUUCCAGUGAUGACAUGGAUCCUGUAAUCGCGCUAUCUGGACCCAAAAUGGUGGCCACCCAGAACUACUAUGGAAACCCCGCCCCUCCGGGGAAGCCAGUGUUAACAUUUCAGACUGGAGAGGUGAUUGAGCUGCUGAGGGGUGACCCAGAUUCCUCGUGGUGGGAGGGGCGCUUACUACUGACUAAAAAAUCGGGCUAUUUUCCCAGCUCUUCGGUUAAACCAUGUCCUGUUGGGCCGAUAAGCCGCCCGGACUACAGUAAAUUUCCCUGGUUUGCAGGAAAUGUAGAACGGCCGCAGGCCGACAAUCUCCUAAAGGCCCAUGUUAGCGGAACGUACCUUAUCCGGGAGAGGUCAGCCGAAGCAGAACGAUUUGCCAUCAGUAUCAAAUUUAAUGAUGAAGUGAAACACAUCAAGGUUGUGGAGAAAGACAGCUGGAUCCACAUCACAGAAGCCAAGAAGUUUGAAAGUUUAUUGGAACUGGUGGAAUAUUAUGAGAACCAUUCCCUAAAAGAAAGCUUCAAGCAGCUGGACACAACAUUAAAAUACCCCUACAAACUCCGCACUGGCUCCCGCAGUUCACCCAAAUCCCCAGCUUCCUGUGCUUCCUACAACUUUUCUUUUCUCAGUCCUCAGGGCCACAACUUCCCUUGUCAGAAUCCGUCCACUCCCUUCUGGUCAGUGUUCACGCCACGUCCCAUAGGGACCGCAGUUGCGAGGUACAACUUUGCUGCCAGGGACAUGCGAGAGCUGUCUCUACGAGAAGGAGACGUUGUGAAAAUCUACAGUCGGAUGGGAGGAGACCAGGGGUGGUGGAAAGGAGAAACAAAUGGAAAAAUUGGCUGGUUCCCCUCCACCUAUGUAGAAGAGGAAGGCGUUCAGUGACGGUGGCCCUGUGGGUGAUAUCGACACCCCCUUCCAGACUUCUGUACUUCUUUGCACAAACAAUGUACGGGACUUUUCCUACAGUGACCCCAAGUGCAGGCCAAUGAACUGUCCGCGCCUCUUCUCCUGCCUGAUGGUCUUCCUUGCUGGUAUUACAUGUAUAUAAGAUUUAUAAUUCUGAUAUAUGGCAGUGGAAUGAGAAGAGGACCUGUACGUGGAAUGUUGGCUUUGCCUCUUUUAAAAAAAAAAAAAAUUAA